AUGGCGCAGAUGGAGCCACUACUCAGGGUUCUCUUAGAGAGAUUCACAGUCUCCACCAGUGACUCCAGGAGCGGCCGGCUGGACCCGUCAGCUCCAGUGGCCAUGGAACUGGUGGUUCGUGAGCAGCUUCAUGAUCAGGAGAAUCCCCACAAGUGCUCAGAGUGUGGGAAGAGCUUCCGGCAGAGCAGCACCCUGAUCAGCCACCAGAUGAUCCACACCAGGGAAUGGGCCUAUGAGUGUGGGGAAUGUGGGAAGGGCUUCAGUUACAGGUCCACCCUUGUGACCCACCAACGCAUCCACACCGGGGAGAGGCCCUACGAGUGUCCCGAGUGCCAGAAGAGCUUUCGGACCAGCUCCGAUCUCCUCAGGCACCAGCUCAUUCACACUGGGGAGAGGCCUUUCUGCUGCCCUGAGUGUGGGAAGGGCUUCAAGCGCAAGUCCCACCUCAUCAUCCACCAGCGCAUCCACACUGGGGAGAGGCCCUACGAGUGCCCCACGUGUGGGAAGAGGUUUCAGACCAGCUCAAAUCUCCGUCUCCAUGAGCGGAUUCACACAGAGGGGAGGCCCUUCUGCUGCCCUGACUGUGGGAAGGGAUUCAAGCAUAAGUUCACCCUCAUCAGGCACCAGCGCAUCCACACAGGGAAGAGGCCCUUCGAGUGUCCCCAGUGUGGACAGAGCUUCAGCCAGAGCUUGGAGCUGGUGGCUCAUGAGCAACUUCAUGAUGGGGAGAAGCCCUACAAGUGCUUGGAGUGUGGGAAGAGCUUAAUGCAGAGCAACCACCUCAUCAGCCACCACAUGAUCCACACCGGGGAAUGGCCCUACGAGUGUGGGGAAUGUGGGAAGGGCUUCAGCUGCAGCUCCGUCCUUGUCACCCACCAACACACUCACACUGGAGAGAGG